AGCGGCCCCAGAAGGUGAACUGGAAUGGCCAGGGCCGUUUUCACUGGCGAGUCCGGCGGCGCGCGGCGAACAGCUGGAGGCGGCGGUAACAAUCAGACGAGCCCGCCCUACCUCGACAGUCGGCUCUGUGUGACUUUUUGUGCGUGUAUGCGACUCUGUGAGAAGGGCAGGUGCGCGUGCGAGUCGUCGGAGGCCCCUCGAGUGCUAUGCCUGGUCUCGCCGCAGUUCUUUCCAGCUUGCUGCUGUUCUCACUAGCGGCCACAGGGAGCGCACAGGACUCCAAAGAGCCGUACCUGGGCAAGUUCAUCAACAAGUUCAAUUCGUACCACCACCAGGUCUCGGGCCAUGUGUACGCCGUCGACCAGUACACCAUCCUGAUCAAGGAUUUCUCAUACGAUGGAGAGGGCACCGACACAUUCUUCUGGGCCGGCUCGAACAACCGUCCGGGACCUCGCGGGUUUAUUCUGCCAGACGAGCACGACAGCACAAACGUCCUUCAGCGGUACCACAACAAUGACGUCACGCUCACACUGCCACAAGAUAAGAAACUGAGCGACAUCAAGUGGCUGGCUGUAUACGACCUCACCGUUCAGGACACAUUUGGAGAUGUGUACAUUCCGGAGGGUUUCGAAGCUCCGCAGCCACAAUCACUGACGAGUCUGAGUCGACGAGGUCACGGGGUCAGCUCCGGACAGAUCCGCAUUAUCGACUCCAAAACCAUCGAGGUCAAAGACUUCAGCUAUGACGGCACUGGUGGUGAGGUGUACUUCUGGGUGGGCGUCGGGCCCCAGCCCUCCUCCAAGGGAGUCAAGGUCCCCGACGAAUAUGGAUACGUGAACCCGCUGCGUCGUUACGACAAGGAGGACGUGUUGGUGACGCUGCCCGGAGAGAUGACCAUCUUCGACAUCAAGUGGCUGGCUGUGUGGAACGUGGACGAGAAGCAGGGCUACGGCUGGGCCAUCAUCCCGGACGGGCUCAACAUCCCGCCCUCGCUGGUUGAGAUUAUCCCGAUGAAGACCAAGUUCCCGAACUGCGAACAGCUGCACAAGGACCUGCAGAUCCGCUGGUCCACGCACGGCCCCUCAAUCACCAUGGAACUGGCUGCCCAGAUCGAGGAGGACGAGUACGUGGCCUUUGGCUUCAGCGGCUCCCAGACCAAGACCCAGAUGUUGGGCGGUGAUGCCGUGGUGGCCUACAUCAACGACUACCUAACCUUCACCGAGGACUAUACGCUGACGGCCCACUCGCCGUGCCUCAAGGUGCUGGACGUCUUCAAGGGAGUAUGUCCAGACGAGAAGGUGGGCGGCCUCAGCAACUUCCAGUUCACAUCGCGCUCCAGAGAGGACGGCAUCACUUCCUUCCAGUUCCGCAGGGACUUCGAUACGAGGGAUGAGGGAGAUAUUCUCGUCAGCGACACAGAGGGUGCCUACAUCAUCUGGGCCAUCGGAAAGCUGGAUAAGGACCUGAAGCCCACCUUCCACCGGCUCUACCCCAAACACAACAUCAAGAUCAACUUCAACAGGAAGCCGGAGGAGCUCAACUGCCAGGCCUUCACAUCUGUACAGCACCCCAAACGGAAGCCCUGGGGACCGUUCCACUUUUCGGAUAUCAACAUCCAGAAGAUCACGGCCCGGCUGGGACCCUCGGGCGGCAUGAGGGGAUUCACGGGAACGACAGGCCAGCUGUCCAGUAGCCUGGCCUGGUACCUACACGGGUAUCUGGUGCCCGAGAUCUACCUGAAGCGAGGUCAAACCUACAAGUUUCUGGUGGAAGGCGGGAAGAACCCGGCAGAUCCCGAGUUCUACCAUCCGUUUAUCAUCACAGAUGACCCGGUGGGCGGCUACGGCCAGCUGGACGAGGAGGCGCGCAGGGAGAUCCGCGUGCUCGCCGGCGUGGAGUUCACCAGACGGGGGAAACCCCAGCCCACUGCAGCGGGUCGGCUUUGCGUGUGGAAACACCAGGACACGGGCGACCGGCGGCUGGACGACGACUUCAGCGACUUCAAGCGGUUCCGCAACUCUCUGCGGCUGCACUGCGAGGGCGGCGAGGCGGCCGUACUCGAGGUGACGCCCAACAACACGUGGCCGGCCACCGUCUACUACCACAGCUACAGCCGGCCGCACAUGGGCUGGCAGCUGCACAUCGUCGAUGAGCUGCCCGUGCUGGUGGGCGCAGCGGCGCCGGGAGCGGCAGCAGCCGCCGCGCUCACCCUGGCCGCCCUCCUGGCUCUUGCCGUAGGAGCGUAGGGAGUGGAGGGGUAGACAUGUAGAUGGCUGUUGAUAUAGGAGGGAGGUAGAGACAAAAAGACGAAGGAGACAUGACGCUGGCGCUAAAUUAGUGCCUUUUGUAAAUACCACUCUGCGUUUCAAAGAAUGUUGAUUUGUUUUACGCUGGUGGCUUUCCUGGGAUGAAUCAUUAGGGAGUGUAAUGGAUCGCGAAAACCCGAUAAUGUGUUUUGAUAAAUUUAUGGUUUACAACGUCUUUUUAAGAUUCGCAAUCGCAAGGUAGUCGUUCGAUAUCAGACUUUGUGUCGAACUUCCGCUGUCUUUUUGUUUCUGACGGCCCGUGAGGACUGAUACACAAACACUGUUCCGAUCCUGUCUGGGAGGCGCAGACACCGUUCCGGUCCUGUCUGGGAGGCACAGACACCGUCCUGACGGCUGUCUGGGAACCAGGUCGAGCCCACGUUUCGAUUCGGUGCUGCGGUUGUGCGUUCCGGCCGAUCGCCAGGGACUCUUCUCGUUUGUGCGCGCUGAUCCGACGCGCCGACGCCGGUCUUCUGUGAUUGUUGAGUGCGCUGAACUCGUGGUCUUUGCGCUCAGCCUGUUUGGGGCGCAGCGGUGCGGCGCAGUGCGACACAGGGAGGUAACGCGACGGUGCGGCAGCUGGGUAAACGAGGCCGUUGCUAACCGUCACUUUUAUGGUUGUGUUAGAUGCUGAGCCACGAGAUUUUAUGGUUCGAAUGGGGCGCGGUCGUCUAUUUUAUUAGCUUUGAGUCGUAGGCAUGUAAGUCGUGAUUAAAUUUAAGAAGGCUCUUGACGGUUUGUCAACGAAUAGAUAUACAUUUUACAACAAAA